AUGUGUGUGUGUGUUUGUUACUCCUUAAUACUGAAACGAUUUUAUUUGUCAUAUUGUGCUACAACAAGACAUUUAGGGCAGGGCCAUUCUGAAUCGAAGGGAGCGAAGAAAAGGGAGAAGAGUGCAAGUGGGAACGGCAACAAGCAAAGCCGGGGGGUCGCUACAUCGUUCGGCUUCCGUCGCCGCCCCGCCAGCACAUCGCGUGCAGACGACAAUGCGCGAAGGAAACAAAAACCACAUGAUAAAAACGGCAAUGGCGGUUCAACUGAGGACCUGCGCGCUGAAGAAGUGCUGUCUGGACGAUCAACACCGCUCGCACGACCGCGCAAGGAGACUCCGGGGCAGCCUCUCCGUACCAACAGGUUCGGUUUCAGGCAGCCGCACAGCAAGACGGCCAAGGUAGCCGACGUGAGUGUGGCUGCGGAGCACGCCUUCACCGCGCCGCCUGGCAAAGAUAAGGAAACUGCCAUCAAUAAUAAUGCUAUAGAUAAGAAAAGUACAAAUCAAUACAACUUGCCACUCCUGACGACUCAAGUGUCGUCUACCGGCGUCACGACGAUAGUGGGCGCGACUGGCGUGCCCAAGUCCGUCACCAAGCAAACCGUCAUAUUAACUUACCAGCCACAAAAGUAUCAGCAAGAUGGGAAAAAGCCCUCUCGUGCAGAACAGCCGAUUCGCGCGGCCUCAGUUCCUCGCACUCCAAGCAUUGAUCCUCUCAAACCACCCGGCAAGUACACAUUCCAAACCAACCAACUGCCACGACCUCAGUAUCCUUCUGUCAAGAACAUCGAUUCGAAAACAGCUAAACAAGUGGUGAAUAACACAAGAAAAGCUGGUGCUGUCGACGGAUGGAGAGAAGGUGCAGGUUCCGCGGUCUCGACGGAUUCAGGCGUGUGGACAGGCGGCGAGGGCGAACUGUCGCCACGCUCGCGACGACGACCACGCAACUUGGAAAUGGUGAUGCGAGGAACUCAUAAUUUUCAUCUGAGAGAACUGCAAGUUGCUGACUUGGAUAUUAUGGACGAAGCUGUAGUUACAGGCCACGCAGUGAUUCCACUUCCAAAACUACCAAGUUCUUUCAACGAGGAGUCCUCACCGGAAUGCGAGCCAGAACCAAUAUUUUCACCCCCAUCCCCUGUCCUUCCUAAGCCCAUAGAAUAUCCCCCCGUAGAAACGCCACGGCAAAGCUCGCCGAUGUCCACUUUAGACCGCUAUAGGACAAGAACCAGACCCAGUAGAAUUCAAACUAAUGAGUACAAAGAUGAAGAGAAGUUUGUUUUGGAUAGAGCACAACCUGAAGUAUUAGAUAAGCAGAAAUCGUUUAUAAAAUCAUCAAGUGGAGUAGCAUCUCCCGCAGUGGACUCGAGUAAGGAGUCCAGUCCAUCGUGUAAGAGUGAAGCGAGUCACUUCGGCAACAGCAGCGCCUGGCAGAGCCACGCUGCCGGCGAGGCCAUGGCUAAUAGAUCGCAAGAUGACGUGUCCCUCGCUCUCAGCGUGUCGAGCUGUGAAGACGAUAAAUCUAAGCUGGAAGCAAAAGAGAGUGAAGUGAAAAUGCCAGAAGUACCAACAAAGACUAUCGUAAUAACAGACGAGCCUCCAGUCCCACAUCCACUGUUGAUGAAGUCGUUAACAUUGAGUCAACACGACUCCCUUCGUGGUACCAUGAUGGGUUCAAUGACCAGUUCUAACUACAGCACCACAAGCACAUGCACAAAUCAGAGCGCGGAUCACAAUCUGACGCUCACUCUAGAAGAAUCUAAAUUCGAUAUGUCCGCUUUAGAAACUUCCACACAAAGCCUAUUAGAUGAUGAAACGUCUCCGGCCGAUAGUCUUAUAUCUUCAACAAGCACCAGUGACUCUAACAAUGAUCUUCACGUGGAUAGAGACGCUCCUUCUAUAUCCAGUGCAUACCAAACAGCUAACACUAAGACGAGGACACCAGAACCCAUCGCAGAAGAAGACGAUAGAGUGGAUGGAGAGAUAUUACAGCCGGUUAACGAAGUGAGUGAUGGUUCCGGUAGUGGCGGAAGCAACAGUAAGGAACUGACGCCGCCGUCACCGGGCACGCCUACCCACGCGUCUGGGUCCUUAUCACUGUCUGAUGGGAGGGACUUCUUUGAUGACGAAAUCGCUGAUCAACCAGCUCUGCUGUUUAGAAAAAAUAACCACGGAAGCCCCUCUUUGAAGAGAACAGAUUCAGACUCCAGUAAACAACUGCGGAGGUCAAGGGAGCAUAUUAUGUCAAGUCCACAAACACAAAGGAGUCGAAAAUGUGGAGGACGUAACCCAGCGGCAGAAAGAACACCCUCUCUCGACACGCUGUCCAGCCUCGCAUCUGACGAUCUCAUGAUGGACAACGAUUUGGCGCAGUCCGUCACCAGUUUGCAGAGUGUUGAUGAUUAUAUUGAAAGGUUAGACAGUUCUCUUCGUAGUGGUCUCAACUCAUUAGAUGAGAGGCAACUUCGACAGGAGCUCUCGAGUUCCAAAACAGCAGUCCGACAGUGGAGCCAACUGCUGGAGAAAAACAACCUAUUGGACCGACAGUUGGCGGCCAUGGCACAAGGGAAGGUUGCGCCCGAUUCACUCACCGGAAGCACUUCAAGCCUGACGAAUAUCGGAGCCACCCUGCCCGUACGUACAGCUCGUUUAUUGCAACGCUCGCGCACUCAGACACCGUCUGACGCCGGCAUCAGCGACGGCAGUACAUCACCAGCACCUGCACCAUCCUCGUUGCUACAAGAUGUUGUUGACAUUAAGACUCUGCUCUUACAGCUUAAACGGGUACUACAGGAGCCCGGGGAGGAGCAUCAUUCGAUGAGUAGUGAAACUCUCGACCCGUUGCUAGCGGCGUGCGCGGAGAGCCCCGCGCGCGGCAACGGGCGCCGCCCCCCCGCGUCGCCGCUGCACCCAGACGCCUGCGCCGAAAUGCGCCGCCAGAUAGUCUACCUGCAGGGUCAGCUAGAGGAGCGUGACCGGCUGGUGCGAGUGUUGCAGCAACAAAUGCUGCGCAUGGCGGAGAGCCACGAGCCGCGCGCGGACGACACCUGCAACGUCGCCACGCAGACUGACCGAUUGCGGCCGCCGAUAGGCACCACGCUAACGAGUUCUGAAAAUUCCGGAUUAGUGAGUUGGAAUGAACAAGCUAGCGGGAGGAAGCUGCCGUACAGUGAUGCACAAAAGACAAAGAGGCCUGUCACCAACGGGACCGUGAAAUGUCAGUGCGGUGCAAAAGUGAACGGACUUAUUGACAACAGACAGACAGACAAACGAACGGACUCGGUUCAGCUUAAGUCAAAUAGUCGAGUCGGAUCUAAAUACCUACAAGCCUUAGCCAGUAACACAGAAAAUAGAAGAUACAUCAAACGUGAUUCGUCUGUUGGUGAGAAAUCGGAACGAAGGAACCUUUAUUCGGCACGGUCGCGAUCAAUAGAAAACUUUCACAACCAGCACUAUCUGUCGACUGAACCGUUACUAUCCAAAGCCGCGGUUAUAGAAGAGAGCAGCAUCAAACAUCACACGUCGUACGGCGAUCUGUACAAUGGAAGGAUCAGCAGUAAGGAAAGCGUCAAUGGCAAUAGGUACAGUCCUAAUCUAAACGGUCAGUCGACAGAUACGGACUAUAGUUCCGAUGGCGGCUAUAAGUCUCUGCCUUCGUCCAUUAAUUAUAACAUCUCACCGAAGAAAGUCUCGUAUCUACGAUACUUCUAUGCCAAGUUGUCACAUGUCAAAUGCCUUACUGAUGCCUCGUUGUUGAACCUUGAACAAGCGUCAAGUGAUAAUGAUAAGCAAGGGAAGUUCGCGUGGCGUCACCGUGUUCUAAACGGUUUACCUGUGCUUUUAUUCGGAAGUGAAGGAAAGAUAGUGUACAACAUAAAAAUGCAGAGAACAAAGCCUAGUUUAUUCACUCGACUCAGAGAAGAACUGUUCACAUACUGCGCAUUUUGCGUCGCGGUCUCCGCUCUACCGGCUCUGACUUUGUCUUUUAUUGUGGUACGAAUCAGUAAACACUUUUGGCUAAAGCUACUCUCAAGUAAAUAUCCAAUGUUUGAAUUCAUAGGAACAGAUACAAUUCGUACACUUCUGGACACACAUAGAAAUCAAGGAAUAAUCAAUGUUCUAUUAUGUAUCAAAGGUACGCUUAAUGCUGAAGAGAUUACAAAUGUACUUAACGACCAUGUAAUCGAGCGUAGAGACGAAAACGGAGAUCUGAUGUUUCCAAGACUACGGCACCAUUUAGUAUCAAGUUGGGGAAACUAUGCCUGGGAUGCAACACAUCCAUUUAGAAUAGAAAACCAUGUAUUUGUGGCUAAAGGAGUUCAUCGUGGGCGUCAUGUGUCCGACUUGAAUAUACAGGAUUACGUUAGUGAAAUAAUAUCUAAAUAUUUCCCGCCAGAACAACCUCCGUGGCAAUACGUAAUCAUUCCCUGUAAAUCAAAUGAACCGAAGUAUUACAUUUUAGUAAGAGUUCAUCAUCUAUUACUCACUGGGAAGAAAUCUCUUAAUAUUGGCGAUUUCUUAUUGAUAGAACAAUUACCUCCAAAUAGAGUAGUUCAACAAAGAGAAUAUUAUCAGCAAAGUGCGUUAUCAAAGCUCUUCCCGGUGCCUUCACACAUACCACAGCUUUGGGGUAAAAUAAAUGAAAGUCUAUCUAAUAUUUGGAAUGAAUUCAUUUGUGAAUACGAUCCCGCUACAAGCCCCGAGCUAGUCAACGGGAUGCCUGGAGUGUUUCACGUAGCAGGAAUGGUCAUGGUAUCAGCAGCUAAUGCUUUAAGAGAAGUCACGAAACAUCGAUUUGUUAAUGGCGAACAGCACUCAGCCAGAACUACGACAUUUUUUACAGCUAUAAAAAGAGAAUGUACUAAGAGAUAUCUAACUGUUCCUAAGAUUAUAGUUUCUCCUCUAAUAACAUUCGAUCCACGAAAGUUACCAAGAAAGAUUAUUGGAGCGACUUACCAAACAACUGUAAUGAUGUUCAAGUUGCCUUCAAUAGUACGAGAUGAAGUUAUUGCAUUUAAUGAACUCUUAACAACAGGGCGAGUGAGACAAACUCACACAUAUACUUGGAAAUAUAGCGACAUAGGGCAGUUAUGCAUGAAAGCUACAAACGAGGCCCUAAAAGUUUUAAUUGAAAUCUACAGGGCACCUUCCUGCUUCUGGAAUGACAUUAUACGAGCUGAUAAUGGAAAACGGCAUAUGCUGCAAACUGUUUCCUUAUGUGGGAGGAAGGUAACAGCAUGGUCUCGUCCGGUAUCUCGCGCAGGAAUGGAACGCGCAGCGCGGGCUCUCGGCGUGUCGUCAUCUGACGUCGCUUUAUAUGCUGCCACAGAAGCAUUGCGUGCAUUCUUCGAGGGCGCAGAGAGCGACACACCUGACUCUGUGCUUAUCACUGCUAGGGCGGCGUCUGAAGACUUCCUCUAUACAUUUGCCGAAGGCAAUGGAAAGAACUACAAAAAGUCGCAGACUGGCGGAAUGAUAUGCCUAGCUCUGCCAGUUGGGGCAAGCCCUCGCCGUAUAUCAGCAGUGGUAUAUGAAGCAUGCACCCGACAAAACACUUUAGCGGCAGCUUGGGCAGCUCAGACACGUAGCGGUGCUCUCACCAAGUCUAUUCCUGCGCCCCUAGCGAAAAUAACUAUGAACAUUCUAUCUAGAAAAUAUGCGGUGUCUUAUGCAGAAAUCAAUUCUCCAGUAAACACUACACAGAGGUCAACUUUGUGGGGAAAAACAGUGGAUCAUAUUAUAUAUUGGCGACCUCCACAAGCUAACAUUAGUAUGUCGUUAACUUUGAUUCAAUAUGCUGACACUGUUCGACUGUCGAUAAUGGCUGACGCGCGGCUACGGCCAUCACAUACAGUGCCCGCUACUAGAUGGCCGGCUGCUGUAGAGACACUUGUUGAGAAAAUAGACCAGGAAAUUGCUAGGAUCACCGCUCAAGCCCAGAUGCCUUUUAAUGACGUACCACAUAGCACUGCAAGCAGUAAUCAAGAGCACGAAAGUAGUCAAAAAACGCAAGAAACUAGAGGAGAUCAAGGAAAUAGCCAAGGUUAUCAAGAAACAAUUCAAGACGUUCAAGAAACACCCCAAGAAGUUGAAGAAACAACCCAAGAAAUUCAAGAGACACCCCAAAAAAGUCAAGAGACUAGCCAGGCAAUUCAAAGUACGAAUGAAGAAGGUCAACAAACCACUCAACAGCAUCUACAAAAGCAAAAUAAUCAGGAACAAAAAGAAAUCAAUCAAGAAGUACAA